AGUCGACUCUGUGCGCAUGCGCAGAAAUCGAACCGCUCCGGUUGCUCCUGUUGUAAACAAAGCGGCACAAGAACAGCAAACGUACAGGUUUAAUCAGGCAACAAGGAGUGAAGGCACGUUUUACCUGUUACAUACUGACUGUGGAUAUGAAAGGGUUGGUAGAAAUACAACAGAAAAGUUCGGAACCAGAUGUCAAUGUUCCAGUCAUUGAAGAAGGGGCAGUUGCUACUGCUGAGGACCCAUCAGCAAUCACAACUAUUCAGUCUGCUUCUACUUUCUCCUCGGAGCAGCCGAUUAAAUACCUCUUCAAGACAGAGGGAGCUGGGGGGCAGGUAGGGGAGCUGUACCCUCCCUCAGGGCAGGUUACAUAUCGAGUAAUCCAAGUCGCAGAUGGACAGCUGGAAGCUCAGACCGACGGUGCAACAGCUGUUAGUGUAGUGACUGGGUUUCCUACUACAACACAGCCUGUUACACAGGCUGUUUUCUCUCAGUCAGACGGCUUGGAGGGUGAUGGCACAGAAACCCAUUACACAUAUUACCCUGCUACUAUCUCAGACGCAGCGGCUGGGACCAUGGUGACGGGUGUUCAGGCCUCAGAUGCUCUGCUUGGUCAAAGUGCUCCUGCAGGUCAGUUGUAUGUUAUGAUGUCCCCGCAGGAGGUCCUUACCGGAGCCAACCAGAGGUCUAUUGCACCUCGUACACAACCUUACAAUGCUAAGACAGAGGGGCCAAGGACUUCAAGAGAUGAGAAAAGGCGAGCUCAGCACAAUGAAGUUGAGCGAAGACGUAGAGACAAAAUUAACAACUGGAUUGUUCAGCUCUCCAAAACAAUUCCAGACUGCACCAUGGAUUCCACUAAAACUGGACAGAGUAAGGGUGGGAUCCUAUCAAAGGCCUGCGAUUACAUUCAAGAGCUGCGACAAAGUAACAGCCGGUUAGGAGAUGAACUGAGCAGCCUUGACAGGUUGAAGAUGGAUAACCAGCUGUUACGGCAAGAGGUGGAAGAUUGGAAAUCUAAGAAUCAGAUUUUGAGGAGCCAGCUCCGGCAGCAUGGCAUAGUUGCAGCAGCGAGUGCAGAUCCCCAGUGAAGAGUUUAAUGGAUGUUUGGAAAACAUUCCGUGCAGGAGAUUCAAUUUUCCGAUGUUUUUAAACAACUUUGAACAAUGCAGGACUUACAUAAUGCAGUAUUCAGCAUACUGGUGAUGAUUCUCAUUUUGGAUCUUGCCUUAUGUACAUAUUUUGUUUUUCUUUUUUGUGUCCCCCAUGCUUUCAUGUAAUUUAGUAUUACUUUUUUUUAUGUACCAGAAGAGGUCAGAAAAAUUUGUUUAUUUUGUACUGUUACUUAUAAACUUUGUGAACAUUAUUAAUGUUAAAUCUUUGUGUUAUGAAUGCAUUUUCAUAUAUUUCAUACUUUUCAGGUUCAGGUUUUUCAAUUUAAUUUGUCUGAAUAAUAAGCAUGUCAAAUAACUGCCUGUUAAUUGACAAUUCACAACAUGAUCAUAGUAGAUUUCACUAUGCAGAGUACAGAAUAAAUAACACAUGUCCCCAUUA